AUGGAGACAUCUUCAUCAGAAACUCCUGGAGUUUCUGUUCCAAAUGCUGGCUUGGCAGACCCGGCUUCUUCUGUCCCACAAAGACGGGGUAAAAGAACAGCUCGGGAUGCUGCCUUAGAAGAAGAGACAAGAGAAGAAGAAGAAGACACUUCUCAGGGUUCACAGGAGCAAUCCUGUGCCAAAAAACAACGGCUUGAUCUUUCCACCAAGGCCUCCUGCAAAGCCCAUGACUCGGCCUGCUGCUUUCUAACAAAGCUCCGUAAAAUUGUGGAAAGCGACUGCUUCCAGUCCAUCUGGUGGGGCGACGAUGAGAACACCAUUGUGAUUGAGGAAACCCUCUUCAAAACAGAAGUGCUGGGAAGGACAGGACCUCUACACAACCUCAGCAUCGGCUGCAUGAAAGCCUUCGUUCGCCAGCUCCACCUGCACGGCUUCUUCAUUGUGGACAGCGAUUUGCCCACAGCUGCCUCUCGGGCAAAAUGCCCAGCAGGCGCAGCCGCGUCUGUUUGCAGUGAGUUGCUCUGCUACUACAACCCCAGUUUCAAGAAAGAGUACCCAUGUCUGCAGAAAUGGUUCAAGUGGAGCGCUGGCGUACGAAGGAGAGCAUCAGCUGCAUUCCCACCAGAGCUGGAUUUCAAGGAGGGCCCUGUGAGCAGCCCUCCGAACAGACGGCGAGGCCCUGCAGCAUCAGCGGGCAGUGAGCCCGCCGCUAGCAACAGCGGAGCUGGAGGCGACCGAGUUGGACAUCAGCACAAUUCAUGCCAUAGCAGAUAG